AUGAGAGCUAAGUGCCUGGAGAGAGAGAUAAACACAAAAUGUGGUGACAAAGUAGACACAUCAUUUUGCCCUGAAGGAUUAGAGAAAGGUACCAGUCCAGAUAGGGGGCCACAAUUAACUAGUUCGGUUAGACAUAAACGUCGUACCCCAUCAAGGAACAUCGUCCCCGUUGACAAUGUAUUGCCAGAACUUGAGUCAAAGGAAAGAACGCUUGGCUUCUUCGAGAGUCUAGGUGAUUAUAGGUUCAAAAAAGAAAUCAGAAUGUGCAAAAGCUUAUUCUAUGAAUUCUAUAAAAAUCUAUGGAUUUUGUACGAAUUUUGUACUUUUAUCUUUUGGUGUCUUCAACUACAAAUUGAUAUCAUUGGCCAUAAUUCACACAAGAAUUUGAUCGACCAAUCUGGCUGA